UUUGCAUUUCAAGAAAGCACAACGACAGCAAUAUGACAGCCACCUCAUCCUCGAUGCUCACGUCUAGGACUACUUAUCGCUACUAUUCGCUCCAGGCUGUCGCUGCCCAGGCCUAUGCAACCCUCCGUCGCCACCUUGUCUCUAUCGUCUUCUCUUCCGCCAUCGGUCUCGGCCACGCACCCAACCCCGGCGACAGCGAUAUCUCGAUCUCAUGGCUCAAGAAGACCUUGCUUGCUGCAGAGGCAAUUCCAAAGGGUGCUACCAUCACCAAUGUAGAAUGCAAAGGACUGGAUGAAAACCGCGGAAUGGCUGGCGUCAUGACCCGUGUCCUUGUCACCUACAGGUCUAGCAAUGGAUCCAAGGAAACAGGUUCGGAGCAAGAUUCACAGGAACUGCACUUGAUCCUGAAGAAGAGUGCAGACGGAUUUCGCAGGCGGCUAGGCAACAUCAUCUCGGGUCAGACGCGUGAGGCUAUUUUUUACACCUCGGAUAUCGCCAAGGAACUGACACCCAGUACGCUUCUGCCAAAGGUCUAUUACGCACACGCAUCGCCAUGGCUGGGCGAGUACGUUAUCCUUAUGGAGGAUAUCAAGCAGCGCCGUGGACGUGCUGAAGCAAACACUUCAGCUCUACCUCCAGUCGACGUCAACUUUGUCUUUGGAAACCAGAUCUGGGGAGUACCGCCAUCAGUCGAUAAGAGCACAUUGCCAUCUGCAGUGGCUAUGCUCGAGCAGAUGUUUAUCACCGCUGCUGGGAUCCAUGCUCAACAUUGGAACGACUCUAGACUCUUGCAACUGGACUGGCUCAAGACUGCGGGGUGGUACCGUGGUACCAACCGGGUUCGCUGGGAGUGGAGCAUUCAGGCCAGCGCAAGUGCGUGGGAAAAAGGCAAAGUCAUGGCCUCAGGCGAGGACUAUCCAGUCAAGUAUUCAGAAAAGCUGGUUAAAAUAAUAGACGAGUCGUUGGCGAGCGCUUCCUGGGAGACACUACAACGCCGACUGCAGGACCGAUCAGUACCCUUCACGCUGUCCCACGGUGAUUUCCAUGCCGCCAACAUGAUCCUGGACAGAUCACAGUCUUCAACGUCUCCGGACUUGGCCAUCUACGAUUGGUCUGAGGUCUGCAUCUGGGAGCCAACGACGGACUUGGGACAGACGGUGAUCUCGGACGUUGCCAUUCCGGUCUUCCAGGCCCAUGCUCGGACUGCUCUGAAAAAGUAUUGGGAGAGAUUGGUCGAGUUGGGUGUUGUGAAGCCUUCAGAAUACACAUUCGACCAUUGCUGGAAGGCGUUCUUGAGAGGAGGUGUGGAGAAAUGGCUGCCGAUGUUCGCGAUCCUCUCCAGCUAUCCAGGAAUGCCAGCACCGGCGAUGCAGUACUUUAAUGAUCAGCUAUUGGCAUUUAUCGAGCUGGGCGAGGAGGAAGGCGGCAUCUCGUAUGAUAUCACUACCGUGCUGUGCUUUGCCCCUCCAUCUGCAUCGUAGUGUACAAUAAAAUUCCUAUCUUCUGAACGCUUUUCAUUCAAUCUUUCGUAAUAUCAGUCACAGAGCGCAAGUAGAUUUUCUAUGCCGAUGCACUUGACUAUUGUUUCGCGUAGGAUUCGAUGCUCCUGGAUCCCCCCUGUACCCAAAAAGCAAUCGUGGGGCAAACCGCUGAGCUGAGGACGAUCUUGAUUAUGCAAAUCCAACAACGGUAUUCCUGAUCUGCUUGACCGUACAAAAAG